AACGCACAUGCGAGAAAACAUAAACAUUUGCAGCUUUUCUGCGGACCAGCAAACAAUCGGAAAAGCUUUCCUCCUUGCUAGAAGAUUAGAAAACGCGGAAGUGAUGUUGAGUUAAAAGGGGGUUUUCCAAACACCCAGAAGUGCAGAAGCAGCGUCGAGAUUGGUUAGCGAUGGAUUUGAUUUUAGUUAGUGUAACAACAGAACCAACGAGCAGGAAACUUGUUUUCUGUUCAAACGACGUGUAACUUGCUGCUGGCUGCUACUUUCACAUUUUAACUGCUCUCUGCGUGUCCGUGUGUGUGUGUGUGUGUGUCUGGGGGUGGCGCAAAGGGGCGCGCUCGUAUAGAGCAGAGCGAGAAGAGCAAAACAAAAAACGCAAAACGCAAAACAAAAGUAAAAGUUUUAUAUUCCUCACAUUGUUUCGCGUUGGAAAUUGCGGUUCGUUGUACUUUCGCUGCGGAAAUCCGAUGGCCAAACCGGCAAAGUUCUUGCGCAAUGUUCCACGCCUGUCCACGCUGUUCCCGCUGGUGCUGUACGUGCUGUUCAUACUCUGCAUACUAGUGUUGGCGUUUUCCUCCCGCAGCCACAGUGAUGGAAAGGGUCCAAAGACGGAACAAGCCGGAAGUGGUGUAUCGAGCAACGAGAGCCCGAAUGGGCCCGCCCCGCUCGUUUACCGGAAGCUGGAGGAAAGUGUGGUAAAGGAGCUGACGGAAGCGUUCGCGAAGGCCGACACAAAUGGCGACAAGCAUCUGACCGUGCAGGAGUUGGCAAAGUUCAUUAACUUUAAGAUACGCGAACACAUCGACGAAGCGAUCCGCACCAAUCCGAUCAUGUUCGUCGAGAUCGACCACAAACCGCGGGACGGUCUGGUGAGCUGGGACGAGUACCAGGGCUACUGGUUGCGCGGGCAGGGCAUCCAGGGGGACAGCCACAUGAAGAAGAGCGCAUUCGACAAGCUGGACCGGAAGGUGAAGGAAUCGAUCGCACGUGACAAAGCGCACUGGAUGGAGGCGGCCCGGACGGAUCCGCUCAGCCUGACGCUGGACGAGUUUCUUUCCUUUCGCCAUCCGGAAUCGAGCACCGUCAACUUGCUCAAUCUCGUCGACGACAUACUGCGACAGUUUGACGUGGACGGCGAUGACCAUCUGACGGUGGAGGAGUUUUCCGACGUGCAAACGACCGAUCUUGGCGAGGGUAAAAAGUUUAUCCUUUCGCAGAACGUGCGCGAGCGGAGGGAAGAGUUCACGAAGGUGAUCGACAAAAAUCGGGACGGUAAAGCGGAUCGGGGUGAGCUGCUGUCGUACGUUGAUCCGAGACAUCCGCGCUAUGCAAUACAGGAAGCAUCGACACUGUUUACGCUGGCCGAUGCAAACAAGGACAAGAAGCUGCUGAUGCAUGAGAUGCUGGCCAAAUCGGCAAUAUUCAUAUCAUCGAAAAUGGUGCACACUGCGGAAAGUUUUCAUGAUGAGUUUUAAGUAGCACCGUAAAGUGCGAGCAAUCAACGUUCCUUGCUUCGGAAGUGAUCGACAUAUCUGUGAAAUAAAUGUGUUGUGUUUGUUUUAUUUAAAUUGUGUUUAAAACCAUUGCUGCUUUUUAGAAUAUCUUGUUUUCAAAUUGCAAACUAAUUUACAACAAAAAAAAACGUUCAAAUUAAAAAUGUUUAACAUUCCUACCCCUUAUUCGCUCCAUGGAGUCCUUUCGCCCGGCCAAACAAAAUUAGCUGUCAAAGUCAGCUGAUGACAGAUUGUUGUUGUUUACAUCGACCGGCAGAAUGGAACUCGUGGGGUCCAAAAUCGCUAAAUUUCCUCAUCCGGGAAUAAAAUCCUAGCUGUACUUAACUAAUGUUACUACCGCCAUGCGAUGGCAUCGAAGCAGCUUGUACUGGAUCAAUUAAAAUCAUUCAUCGAAGAGUCUGAAUGUAGAAUAAACCGGAUUUUGCAAAGCGUUGGUUGGAGCAAAGAAAGUGUUCUUAAUUCGAAUGCCAGCAAAACCGAUAAACACAGCCAGGAGAAAAAUCAAUCAAACACCACCGACACAUUACCGGCUUCUUUCCAACCCUCCGAUAGUCGUUCAUCGAUUCGUUUAGAUAACAUUAAGCAAGCCGAAGCAAUAUUAGAGGAAGUGUACCGUAACCCGUCGUUUGAGUUGGGCGUCCCAUUAGAAAACCUGGUGGAUCGUGACCCUCCAUCGAGCAUUGCAGAUUUGCAUGUAAACUUUACACGCGAAGAACGGUUGUCAAUUUGCCAGCAUGUGCUUGCAAACACUACCAAACCACCGGACGUGCCAGAAAUCAAAAUAAGGUUCAAGCAAGAUACACACUCUGAAGAAAAGCCUACUUCGCUGCCCGAAAUAGCUGCCAUCGUGCGAGAUGCACGGAGACGCAACCCAAAACACAGAGUGUCCCGCAAUCCUUUGACCUACAGUGAGGAACUGAGAAACGUGAUUCAAGUGCAGACGGACGCUUUGGCACACCAUUUUCGUCAGUCUUCCCGCACUGCUGAAGUGGACGCUAGAGAGGACAGUCGAAGGGAAUCGAAACAUGUUCGUAAGUCUCGUUCCAAAUCUCCCCUACUAGGUCGUAGCGAUAGAAGCAGAAAGAACGAAACGAACUACGUUCGAAGAUCUCGCUCAAACUCUCCUGUACCUGGCCGUAGCUAUAGGAAGCGAAAUCGACAACGAAGCCGUUCCCGUGACCGUUCCAGGUCAAACGAAAGGAAACGCCAUAAAUCGGAAAAGAAACACAAGAAAAAGCGCGACCGAUAACGUUCACCGUUUAUUCGCUGUAUUCACCAAUGCAGAGACAAGCGUUGGUGCCACCAAAACCGAACGAGUUUUUCAAAGCCACCCGCCGACGGUGCUUCCCCUCCCAUGGUUCGGAGCUGUUCGCCACGUAAUGCAGCCCGGCCAUAUCGUCCGUUACGUUCUGCAGAUUGACGGUGGGUGGAAGCAGACCAUGCCUGCAGGCCAUCACGACGAACAGCGCUUCCAAGUUGCCGGCCGCACCGAGCAAAUGACCAUGGGCUCCCUUUGUCGACGAAACCGCCAGCGACCGUGUGUGCUCUCCGAAAAGUGUCCUUAUCGCACGGGCUUCUAUCGCAUCACCGAUCGGGGUCGAUGUGGCGUGUGCAUUAACGUACCCAAUAUCGGCAACCGUUACGCCACCAUCGGCAAGGGCUCGCUGCAUCGCCAACAGCGCUCCCGUCCCAUCCUCCCGCGGUGCCGUCAGAUGGGACGCAUCGCCAGACAAUCCAUACCCGAGUAUCUCGCCGUAGAUUGGUGCUCCUCGCCGCAGGGCAUGCUGCAGCUCUUCCAGCACGAAAAUGGCCGACCCCUCGCCCAUCACAAAGCCAUCGCGACGCUCGUCGAACGGUCGGGACGAUGCCGUCGGUUCGUCGUUGAACGCCGUGCUGAGCGCUCGCAGCCGACAGAAUCCGGCAAUCCCGAGCGGACUGAUGCAAGCUUCCGCACCGCCACACACCAUCACGUCCGCAUCGCCGUGCUGAAUGAAGCGGAACGCAUCGCCUAUGGCAUGGGCACCCGUAGCACAGGCGGUAGAAACGGCAUGGUUCGGUCCGCGAAACCCGUACCGGAUGCUGAGCUGCCCGGCCGGCAUGUUGGGCAAGAUGCGGGGCACAAAAAAUGGGCUCACCCGGUUGUAUCCCUUCUUGAGCGCUUCGUUCGUCUCGCAAAUGUCCAUCAGAUCUACCAUGCCCAUACCGAUGGCAACACCGGUGCGCUGGCAGGCGGUUUCAUCCUCCACGCCCGGCAUCCAGCUAGCCCUCGAGAGAGCCUCCUUGGCAGCGAUCAACGCAAAGGCGGUAGCGCGUGCCAUCGUUUUGAGCUCGGUUUUGGAGAAACACUUUUCCAGAUCGAUGUCGUUCGUGUCGAUUGUGGCCGCUACGCGGCAGGGAAGCUUGUCGUACGUUUCUCCCACCAGUCGACCAACUUUUGACUGACCGGAGAGGAUCGUUUGCCAGGCCGCUUCCACAUUGCAGCCGACAGGUGAUACUACACCGAGCCCCGUUACCACCACCCGGCGUCGUCCACUGUCUCUGGUGUGUUUCGAGUGUGAAUGGUGAAUAGUUCGCAGCACGUAGGGGAGACUUUUCCGUGCGCGCAGCAAACAGUAGCUGUGAGCGUUUGGUCCCAUCAUGUUACUGUACUGUUCUCGUAAUCAGCCGAGUCUUUGGUAUUAGAGUGAAACAACCUCCUAACGCAUAGGUAACACGCAACACUAUUACUAUUGUGGGCAAAGAUCUAAGUCAAGCGGUACACAUCUACCUUCAAAAAGUAUGUAGACUAGCUGUUUUAUAUUAAAUUGUUUGAAAAUCGUACAAUAUCGUGAAAAUUGGAGUUUGCUGUCGUAAAUGAAAAUAAAAACAACGUACUGUCAUUGCGAUGUCAGCGCAUCGUUGACAGCUGAUUUAACGCACUGACAACAUACAAAA